AUGUUAUUCCUUGCAAAAAUUUUUACACUCAGCUUGAUACUGUACUCCUGGUCAGAACAUGACCACCACCACCAUGUGAGUGCUGUAAGCACAUCAUCAUCAAAGAAAGGAGGAGGUCAUAAUAAUAGUAAAAACAGGCAAUUUCACAGCGUAGAUGCCAGUAUGAUCACCUUAUUAACGCGAAGUAAUAAUAUACCAACAUCAUCGGAAGAGGGGGAUGAUUUCCUUUCUAGUGUAAGUGGCAAUUCCCUCGAUGAUGCCUUGUUAGAAGAGGAAGAACUCAGAAGGCUGCAAUCAGGGAGCUCAUCAGGAGGGACACGACGUGGAAGAAGCAAUGGAACAACACAAAAUAAAGGAAUAAAAACAAAAUUCAAAGAAUGCUGCCAUAAAUUGACACAUUAUAAGGCUAAGAAUAAAUUAUUACUGACCCUCAUAUUUGUCAUUGCAGUUUCUUAUCCAUCAGUUCUAUAUUGGGUUAGCAUUAUUCCUACUCUUGCACAGAAACAAUUAUAUAUCAUGGGAACAACGAAUGCAAUAUUGAUGGUUGGAGUUCCUAUAAUCAUGGCGUUAGUCUAUUUUGGCAUACUAUUUUGGUUUUAUCGUUCCAAAGUAUGGAUUAAAUGUAUUAUAGAAAAUGAAGAACUACGAAAGUUUCUCAGGAAAGAAGAACUUGCAGAAACAGGACACCUGAGGAGUAGGAAAUAA